AUGGAGGGGGCGGGGCCCGGCCCGGCCUGGAGGCGCCACGUGCGCCGGGAGCUGGAGCGGCGGGAGCGCGAGACGCGGCGGCUGCGGGGCCUGGUGCAGAGCCAUGAGAGACUCUCGGAGCGCCGGGACCUGGAGCGGCUGUUGGCAGAGACCCUCCGGCUGGAGCCGGGGCCCCAGGCACCCAGGGCCCCCCUGGAGCUGGCGUCUCUGCGGCUGCAGCACGCGGUCGAGCUGGCGGAGCUGCGGGGGGCUCAGGAGGAGCUGGCCCAGAGCGUGGCCCACCUGAGCGAUGCCCUGAACCGCAGCGAGGCCGAAUGCCAGGAGCACCGGGCCAGGGCGGGGCGCUGUGCCCGGGAGCUGGCGGGGCUCUCGGGGCGCUGCCAGGAGCUGCAGGCCCGGCUGUGGGAGCGGGGCCAGGAGGCCGAGGGGCUGCGGGCGGCCCUGGGGGCGGCGCUGCGGGCCCGGGACCAGCUGGAGGCCCGGUGGGUGCAGGAGAAGCAGCUGGAGGCCCAGAGGGUGAACGAGACCAAUGCCCGGGAGGAGAGGUACCAGAACCAGGUGUCCCGGCUGCGCCAGAAGCUGGAGAGGCUACGGCUGGGAGCAGCGGCUGGACCCCCCUGGCUGGCCGCUGAGCUGGUGACGAGCGAAAGCAGCUGUAACACGUCCUGCGAGGAGCUGGCAGUGGUGGGGCUGGGCCCCAGGGGCAGCUCAUCCCCUGGGAGAGGAGGAGAAAUGGAGGGUGAAGGACCAGACCCGGCGCCCGGACCCGCUGCGGAGCUGGACAGAGACGCCCCCUAAGCAGCUGCACCGGGGACCCCCCGCUCCUGGGAACGUUGUGAGGGGAGGGGUCUGGCAUAGACCCCCCCCCGUCCCACAAGGCUCAUUAGCCCAGCCCUUGUCGGGCGGAUGUCCACAUUUGAAUAUGCAUUGUGCUCAUUUGCAUAAACGCUCCCUUUCCCCGGGA